AUGGAUGAAAACAACGAUGACAUCGCCAUUAGCACGAUCAAAAGUGGUCUCCCUACCGAGCACGGUUUAAGGAAGUCUCUAAUUGGUAAACCAGUCACCAGCGUUCACCAACUGAUGGACAGGAUUGACAAAUACAAAAGGGUGGAAGAGGACCAGCUACAAGGGAAAGGAAAGGAGAAGAUCAUCCCCCCCAAAGGGAAUGAUUACAGGUCGGAACGAUAUAACAGUAACCAGCCGAGAAGGGAUUUUUCAAGACAGACUGGACAAACCAACAUGCAAGCGGUUAAUGCUGUAUUUAGAGAGCCGGUGCAACAGGUUCUGGAGAAAUUAAAAAAUGAGCAUUUCUUCAAAUGGCCAAGUAAAAUGGCCGGAGACUCAUCAAAGAGCAACCAGAACCUGUAUUGUCAUUAUCAUCAAGACCACGGGCAUACCACCGAGGAUUGCAGGAAUCUAUGGAAUCACCUGGAUCAAUUAGUCCGAGAAGGAAAAUUACGCCACCUUUUACACCCCUCUAGCGGUCAUUUGGGCCAGGCAGUUCAAGAGCCUCGGAAGGAUGUAUCUUUGAGACCUCCCAUGGGGACGAUGCACGUCAUCCUCAUCGCUCCAGGGAGGACCGGCUCUUUGCCCUCCGGGGUGCUGUCUGUGGCUCGGCUUCACACCGAGGAUGGUGAGAAGGUGUCCAAAAGAUCUAAAAAAGGAAACUCACCUGUACUGGCAUUCUCAGAUGAGGAUAAGAUAAGAACUAUCCAACCUCAUGACGAUGCUUUGGUAGUUACAUUGAGGAUUGGAGGGUUCGACGUGAAAAGAGUGUUGGUAGACCUGGGCAGUGCUGUGGAAGUGAUGCACCCUGAUCUAUACAAGGGGCUGAACCUAAAGCCUAAGGACUUAACAACACAUGACUCUCCUCUUAUAAGUUUCGAAGGGAAGACUGUCAUACCAAAAGGGUAG